AUGGUUUCCAACAAUCAAAACCCAUCGCUCUCUGAACAGCUGGCGUUAUUUCCACCUUUAAGCGCAAUGGUGGCCAUGGAGUCAUCCACAACUUUCAACACCCAACUACCGCCCAUUCCAGAAGGGGGCUGGGAUUUUAAUUGGAAAGAGGAUACGUUUCCACCCUUAAAUCUGCAUGAAGACUUCGAACAAACCACGACUGCUACCAACGACAACUCACUGCCUGAAACAAAUGAGGAGAUGAUUAAGUUGCAAGAUGAGGUGCGACAGCUGCGUCACGAUAUCUCGGAGCUGAAUGAAAUGGUUUAUAACCGGCUAGAUGAUAUAGAGAAGAGAUUAUCAGCAAAUAAUCGUUAUGUCGGCGGCAGUUUAGUGCCUUGGUUAAUGGAAGUUCAUGACAAGUAUUCACAGAUGUUGGCGAGAGUAACGAAGCAGGAAGAGCAAGCCGUAAAUAGGGCUAUAUGA